UUCACAUUAGCAGCAUUAACUGAAAUUCAUUCAGCAGUAGUUUUACUAUAUAUCAGUGUAUAUAACCGUGGCAAAAUGAAGCUCUCAAUUUUCUUCUUUUCAAUGUUAUUUUCAUUUGGAUACCAGGAUUCUAUACCAGAUACAAUCAAUGAGUACAUAGAAAAUCUAAGGAAUAACAUUUCAGAACCGAUUACAAUAGAAACACUAAAUCCUGACCUAUCAGACAAUGACUAUGUUUCGGGAUACCUUAAUAUAAGUAACGUGAAUAUACAGGGUAUUAAGAAUUUCGAUUUGAAUAUAACUUAUGCCGCUAAUAUUAUACCAACUCAGUUUGUCUUAACAAUCAAUGAUUUCAAAUUGGAUUUGGAUUAUGUGACAAACGUUAUUUUGCUUAACAUAUCUCUACUUCGCAUAUAUGGAGACGGGAAAAUAAGCGUGGAACUAACAAAUCUUACAAUUGGAGGAGACUUGACCAUUUCAUUGGUGCCAGUAAAUGUGACUAUAACAGGAAUGCAAAUGCAUCUUGACGAUGCAAAGUUCAAAGUUGAAGGAAUGUUAAACGACGACACCUGGAGCAAUAGAUUUAGUGAGUUACUAUGCAAAAACGUCGCCAACAUUUUCAAUGUCCAAGAACACGGAUUGUCAAUUUUGGUAGAAGAUGCUUUGAACAAGGUUAUAGCUGAUAUAAUAUCUAGUAAUACUACAUUGUCGGGACCAGACGGUAACAGUGAGAAUUCAGAAGAGGCGUUUCAAUCGUUUGCAGAAAUAUUAUCUUUAAAAUAAGUAUUGAUACAUUACACUGCAGUAAAUAUAGAUGUUAACUUUACAACUUUAGAUGUUGCAAAUUAAUGUUAAUAAGAUAAAUAUAAAAUAAAUGAUGUAGUUGUAGUUCA